GCUCGGAAGCCCGGAAGUGACCGGAACUGGCAACUUCGUCACUCCCACCCGACGUGGUGACCCGCCUACCGUUUCCUUUCGCCGUUUCCGAGCCGAGGGAUCGCUACUCGCCUUUGGCUUGGCGGUCUCUGUGCUCGGGGGUCCGAAAACUGCCGGAAGGAGCCCGGUCUCUGGAGGGGAGCGGGCGGUAGCGAGUUUAGCGACGUGGAGCAGGCGCAGAACAGUCGGAGGUGCCUGAGUGGUUAUUAAAAACGGUAACGGUAAUUAUAGACGUCAGUGUUGGUGUUAACAUUUCAGAUUUGAAGAGAUUUCCUGGGUGUGGAGUGUAACUUUCCAAAACCACCUUUUCCUUGAGCUUUAUUUGUUGCAGCAAUGUUUAGGAGAUUGACUUUUGCACAACUGCUUUUUGCCACUAUCCUUGGAAUUGCUGGAGGAGUAUAUAUUUUUCAACCAAUAUUUGAACAGUAUGCCAAAGAUCAGAAGGAAUUAAAAGAAAAGGUGCAGCUGAUACAAGAAUCAGAAGAGAAGAAAAGUUAAUACUACAUGGAGUUAGGCCGGGCGCAGUGGCUCACGCCUGUAAUCCCAGCACUUUGGGAGGCCAAGGCGGGUGGAUCACAAGGUCAGGAGUUCGAGACCAGCCUGAACAACAUGGUGAAACCCUGUCUCUACUAAAAAUACAAAAAUCAGCCAGGCUUGGUGGCGUGCGCCUGUAAUCCCAGCUACUCGGGAGGCUGAGGCAGGAGCAUCACUUGAACCUGGGAGGCGAAGGUGGCAGUGAGUUGAGAUCACGCUGCUGCACUCCAGCCUGGGUGACAGAGCGAGACUCCAUCUGAAAAAAAAAAAAAAAAAAAAAAUACCUCAUGGAGAUGAACCAUAAUAAUUGCUUAAAGUUCCAUUUAAUUAUGUUAACUCUAAAUAAUCUAGCAAAAACAUAGAUGUAUUUAAAAAUAAAUCAUGGAUAAUGAUUUUUUAACCUGACACUGUUAAUUUUAAUGUUUAUUGUAUUUUUGUCGUUUUAUGUCUUUUUACCAGGACAGAUAAGUAAUUUCCUUUUAAACAAAAGUGAAUAUUUUAGGAAUAUUUCCUACUUGAGGUUUAUUUUUCUAGGAAUUCAGCAUAUGCAGUAUUAUGAGGUGCCAGUCUCAGUGUGUAUCAAAUAAUUGGAAGGGUGUUUGCAAUAGUAUUUAUAGAUAUGUGAACCUAGUUAAACUACCUCAGGCAGAAAUCUACUCUGUUACCCUGCAGUUAGAUUGGUUUAAUAUAUUUUGGCAGUCAUUCAAUCCCAGCUGUUUUUCAUCUCAGGCAGUAUGAAGGAGUAGUUGAGAAUUGGGAUGGCUCAGAUUAAAUUGGGGUUUUAGAGAAGGCAGAUGUUGUUUGAGAGGAUGGCAGAUAUGACACAGAUGUUUUUUAAUCCACUAAGCAAAUUUGCAUUAAUAAUGGUGUUAAGGGAGUAGUUAAUUUAUUAUGAAGCUAUUCAUAUAGUUAAAAAUUUUUUUGAGCUUACUAAGAAUUGGUAUUACUUUUUACCUUAAUGUUAAGUUUGUAUUUUCUUCUUUUUUUUUAAGUUCUGGGAUACACGUGCUGAACGUGCAGGUUUGUUAGAUAGAUAUACAUGUGCCAUGGUACAUACACCUGUCAACCCGUCAUCUAGGUUUUAAGCCCUGCAUGUAUUAGGUAUUUGUCCUAAUGCUCUCCCUCCCCUAGCCCCCUACCCACCGACAGUCCCCAAUAUGUGAUGUUCCUCUCCCUGUGUCCAUGUAUUCUCAUUGUUCAACUCUCACUUAUGAGUGAGAACAUGUGGUGUUUGGUUUUCUGUUCCUGUGUUAGUUUGCUGAGAAUGAUGGUUUCCAGCUUCAUCCAUGUCCCUACAAAGGACAUAAACUCUUUUUUUGAGAGACGGAGUCUGGCUCUGUUGCCCAGGCUGGAGCGCAGUGGCGCGAUACUGGCUCACAGCAACCUCUGCCUCUGCCUCCCAGGUUCAAGCAAUUCUCCUGCCUCAGCCUACCAAGUAGCUGGGACUACAGGUGUGCACCACCAUGCCUAGCUAAUGUUUGUAUUUUUAGUAGAGAUGGGGUUUCACCAUUUUGGCCAGGUUGGUUUCAAUCUCCUGACCUGGUGAUCUGCCCGCUUCGGCCUCCCAAAGUGCUGGGAUUAUAGGCAUGAGCCACCGCGCCUGGAGGUGCAUGUGUCUUUAUAGUAGAAUGAUUUAUAAUCCUUUGGGUAUGUACCCAGUAAUGGGAUUGCUGGGUCAAAUGGCAGUUCUGGUUCUGGAUCCUUGUGGAAUCGCCACACUGUCUUCCACAAUGGUUGAACGAAUUUACACUCCCACCAACAGUGUAAAAGCAUUCGUAUUUCUCCACAGCCUCACCUGCAUCUAUUGUUUCCUGACUUUUUAAUGAUCACCAUUCUAACUGGUGUGAGAUGGUAUCUCAUUGUGGUUUUGAUUUGCGUUUCUCUAAUGACAAGUGAUGUUGAGCUUUUUUUCAUAAGUUUGUUGGCUGCGUAAAUGUCUUCUUUUGAGAAGUGUCUGUUCAUAUCCUUCACUCACUUUUUGAUGGGGUUGUUUUUUUCUUGUAAAUUUAAGUUCCUUGUAGAUUCUGGAUAUUAGCCCUUUGUCAGAUGGAUAGAUUGCAAAAAUUUUCUCCCAUUCUGUAGGUUGCCUGUUCACUGUGAUGAUAGUUUCUUUUGCUGUGCAGAAGCUCUUUAGUUUAAUUAGAUCCCAUUUGUCGAUUUUGGCUUUUGUUGCGAUUGCUUUUUGGUGGCUUCGUCAUGAAGUCUUUGCCCGUGCCGAUGUCCUGAAUGGUAUUGCCUAGGUUUCCUUCUAGAGUUUUUAUGGUUUUAGGUUUUCCAUUUAAGUUAUUAGUCCAUCUUGAGUUAAUUUUUGUAUAAGGUGUAAGGAAGGGAUCCAGUUUCUGUUUUCUGCAUGUGGCUAGCCAGUUUUCUCAGCACCGUUUAUUAAAUAGGGAAUCCUUUCUCCGUUGCUUGUUUUUGUCAGGUUUGUCGAAGAUCAGAUAGUUGUAGAUGUGUGGUAUUAUAUGUGAGGUCUCUGUUCUGUUCCAUUGGUCUAUGUCUCUGUUUUGGUACCAUUACCAUGGAGUUUUGGUUACUGUAGCCUUCUUGUAUAGUUUGAAGUCAGGUAGCAUGAUGCCUCCAGCUUUGUUCUUUUUGCUUAGGAUUGCCUUGGCUAUCUGGGCUGUUUUUUGGUUCUACAUGAAAUUUAAAGUAUUUUUUUUUCUAAUUCUGUGAAGAAAGUCAGUGGUAGCUUGAUGGGAAUAGCAUUGAAUCUAUAAAUUACCUUGGGCAGUAUGGCCAUUUUCAUGAUUGAUUCUUCCAACCCAUGAGCAUGGAAUGUUCUUCCAUUUGUUUGUAUCCUCUCUUAUUUCCCUGAGCAGUGGUUUGUAGUUCUCCUUGAAGAGGUCCUUCGCAUCCCUUGUAAGUUGGAUUCCUAAGCAUUUUAUUCUUUUUGUAGCAAUUGUGAAUAGGAGUUGACUCAUGAUUUGGCUGUUUGUCUGUUAAGGGUGUAUAGGAAUGCUUGUGAUUUUUGCACAUUGAUUUUGUAUCCUGAGACUUUGCUGAAGUUGCUUAUCAGCUUAAGGAGUUUUUGGGCGGAGACAAUGGGGUUUUCUAAAUACACAAUCAUGUCAUCUGCAGACAGAGACAAUUUGACUUCCUCUGUUCCUAUUUGAAUACCCUUUCUUUCUUUCUCUUGCCUGAUUCCCUGGCCAGUGCUUCCAAUACUGUGUUGAAUAUGAAUGGUGAGAGAGGGCAUCCUUAUGCCAGUUUUUAAAGGGAAUGCGUCCAUUAAGCUUGUAUUUUCAAUGAGAUCUAUAAAUGUAAUCACAUAUGUACAAAGUUCUUUAUCUAAAUUAACAUGUUUUUAUUAUUGAUGUCCUUUUUCUUAAAAUGUAAAUUCAUUAUAAUUUAAUCUCAGCUAUGUUAAGUGGAGACCAGCAUAGGUAAUUUUUUUUUUUUUUUGAAAUGCAGUCUUGCUGUGAUGCCCAGGCUAGAGUGCAAUGGCGUGAUCUUGGGUCCCUGCAACCUCCCCCACCCAGGUUCAAGCAAUUCUCCUGCCUCAGCCCUCCGAGCAGCUGGGAUUACAGGUGCCCACUACCACACCUGGCUUAUUUAUUUAUUUAUUGAGUUGGAAUCUCGCUCUGUCGCCCAAGCUGGAGUGCAGUGGCUCAAUCUCAGCUCACUGCAACCUCCACUUUCCAAGUUCUCACCAUUCUCCUGCCUCAGCCUCCCGAGUAGCUGGGACCACAGGCGCAAUGCCACCACUCCUGGCUAAUUUUUUGUAUUUUUAGUAGAGACGGGGUUUCACCAUGUCAGCCAGGAUGGUCUCCAUCUCGUGAUCUGCCUGCCUUGGCCUCCCAAAGUAAUUUUUGUAGUAUUAGUAGAGAUGGGGUUUCACCCUAUUGGCCAGGCUGCUCUUGAACUCCUGACCUGAAGUGAUACCCCUGCCUUAGCCUCCCAGAGUGCUGAGAUUACAAGCGUGAGCCACUGCACCUGGCCUAGCAUAGGUAAUUUUUAAAAAAAGAAAAUGAAGAAAUUACAAAAGUAGUAUAUGUUCCUUAAAGCAUUCUAAUAUUACAAAAUGAACACAAAGUGAAAAGUGAAAAUUAUUGUUGUAUAAAUGGAUUUAUUCAGUACCUUUAACAAUUUAGUAUGAUCUUUUGAGGUUUUCUUUUUGUUUUUAAAGAGAUAGGAUCUUGCUCUGUCACCCAGGCUUGAGUGUAGUAUCAUCAUUGCUUGCUAUAACCUUGAACUCCUGGGCUCAAGUGAUUUCUCCCGUCUCAUGUUCUACAGCAGCUAGGACUACAGUUGUGCACAACUACAUCUGGCUCAUUUAAAACAAAUCUUUGUAGAAAUGGGGUCUCACUCUGUUGCCUAGUCUGGUCUCAAUCCCCUGGACUCAAGCGAUCUUCUUGCCUUGGCCUCCCAAAGCACUAGGAUUCUAGGCGCCAGCCACUGUGCUUGGCAAGAUUUUUUCCUAUGCACUUAAAAGUAGUUAUAAAAAUUUUAAUUUAAAUACCAAGUGUCUGCUGGGUAACAGGUUUGGCUUUGCUUAGCUCUAGACUGGAAUUCUGUUCUUUGUGUCUUCUCAUUCUGGGACCGAGGCUCAAGGAGCAGCCUCUGUCAGGGCUAUGACAGAGUGUAGGAGAGAGAGAGAUGGAGAGCAAUUGUAAAUUUCUGCUCAAUUGUGGCACAUUAUCACAUCUUCUCAUAUUUUGUCUCAGAGCAUGUCACAUGCUCAAGCCUAAAGUCAUCAAGGCAAGGGACAUGGACUCUUCCCAUAGGAUGCACAGUCAAAUCACAUGACAGGAAUAUAUAAUGUUAUUACAUUCAAGGAAUAACCCUAACACAUCAAGUUAAAGUAAGCUGCUUUUGAUCCUCCUUUUGAAAAGGAUGUCAGUUUAGUUGUUACAUAUCAAGUACCAGAGGCUUGAGUUUUUUUUUUCCCAGUGAAGAUACUGCAUUCAUUGAAAUCAAAACCACACUGAGUUAUCAUUUCAUGUUCACUAGGAUGACUGCAGUCAAAAAGAUGGAAAAUUACAAGUGCUGGUGAGGAUGUGGAACAAUUGGAAGCUUCAUACACUACUGGUGGGAAAGUAAAAUGGUGCAGUCACUUUGGGAAAGUUUGGCAGUUCUUCAAAUGGUUAAACGUAGAGUUACUAUAUGGCCUUGCAAUUCCCCUUACAGGCAUAUGCCCAAGAUAAUUGAAAAUACAUGUUCAGGGCUACCCUCUUUGGUCCCCUCCCUUUGUAUGGGAGCUCUGUUUUCACUCUAUUAAAUCUUAGAACUGCACUCUUCUGGUCCAUGUUUGUUAUGGCUCGAGCUGAGCUUUUGCUCACCGUCCAUCCCUGUUGUUAGCCGCUGUCGCAGACCUGCCGCUGACUUCCAUCCCUCCAGAUCUGGCAGGGUGUCUGCUGUUUUCCUGAUCCAGCAAGGCGCCCAUUGCCGCUCCCGAUCGGGCUAAAGGCUUGCCAUUGUUCCUGCACGGCUAAGAGCCUGGGUUCGUCCUAAUCGAGCUGAACACUAGUCACUGGGUUCCACGGUUCUCUUCCGUGACCCAUGGCUUCUAAUAGAGCUAUAACACUCACCGCAUGGCCCAAGAUUCCAUUCCUUGGAAUCCGUGAGGCCAAGAACCCCAGGUCAGAGACCACCAGGCUUGCCACCAUCUUGGAAGUGGCCCGCCACCAUCUUGGGAGCUCUGGGAGUAAGGACCCCCAGUAACAUUUGGUGACUACGAAGGGACCUCCAAAGCAGUGAGAAACGUUCCCCCCAAGGCAGAAACGCCCCUAAGAUGUAUUCUGGAGAAUUGGGACCAAUUGGACUCUCAGACGCUAAGAAAAAAACGGCUUAUAUUCUUCUGCAGUACCACCUGGCUGCGAUACCCUCUUCAAGGGGGAGAAACCUGGCCUCCUGAGGGAAGUAUAAAUUAUAACACCAGCUUACAGCUAGACCUCUUUUGUAGAAAAGAAGGCAUAUGGAGUGAAGUGCCAUAUGUACAAACUUUCUUUUCAUUAAGAGACAACUCGCAAUUAUGUAAAAAGUGUGAUUUAUGCCCUACAGGAAGCCCUCAGAGUCCACUCCCUACCCCAGCGUCCCCCCGACUCCUUCCCCAACUAAUAAGGACCCCCUUUCAACCCAAACUGUCCAAAAGGAGAUAGACAAAGGGGUAAACGCCGAACCAGAGUGCCAAUUUUCCCCGAUUAUGCCCACUCCAAGCAGUGGGAGGAGGAGAAUUGGGCCCAGCCAGAGUGCGUAUACCUUUUUCUCUCUCAGACUUAAAGCAAAUUAAAAUAGACCUAGGUAAAUUCUUAGAUAACCCUGAUGGCUAUAUUGAUGUUUUACAAGGGUUAGGACAAUCCUUUGAUCUGACGUGGAGAGAUACAAUGUUAUUGCUAAUCAGAUACUAACCCCAAAUGAGAGAAGUGCCACCAUAACUGCAGCCUGAGAGUUUGCCGAUCUCUGGUAUCUCAGUCAGGUCAAUGAUAGGAUGACAACAGAAGAAAGAGAAAAAUUCCCCACAGGCCAGCAGGCAGUUCCCAGUGUAGACCCUCACUGGGACACAGAAUCAGGACAUGGAGUUUGGUGCCGCAGACAUUUGCUAACUUGCGUGCUAGAAGGACUUAGAGCCACUGUCUGUUGGACUUACUUCACCCAUACCGGUAUGUCUGAUGGGGGUGGAGUUCAAGAUCAGGCAAGAGAAAAACACAUAAACGAAGUAAUCUCCCAACUGACCUGGGUACAUAGCACGCCUAGCCCCUACAAAGUACUAGAUCUCUCAAAACUACAUGAAACCCUCCGUACUCAUACUUGCCUCGUAAGCCUAUUUAAUACCAACCUCACUGGGCUUCAUGAGGUCUUGGCCGAAAACCCUACUAACCGUUGGAUGUGCCUCCCCCUGCACCUCAGGCCAUACAUUUCAAUCCCUGUACCUGAACAAUGGAACAACUUCAGCACAGAAAUAAACACCACUUCCGUUUUAGUAGGACCCCUUGUUUCCAAUCUGGAAAUAACCCAUACCUCAAACCUCACCUGUGUAAAAUUUAGCAAUACGAUAGACACAACCAACUCCCAAUGCAUCAAGUGGGUAACUCCCCCCACACGAAUAGUCUGCCUACCCUCAGGAAUAUUUUUUGUCUGUGGUACAUCAGCCUAUCGUUUGAAUGGCUCUUCAGAAUCUAUGUGCUUCCUCUCAUUCUUAGUGCCCCCUAUGACCAUCUACACUGAACAAGAUUUAUACAAUUAUGUCGUCCCUAAGCCCCGCAAUAAAAGAGUACCCAUUCUUCCUUUUGUUGUCGGAGUAGGAGUGCUAGGUAGACUAGGUACUGGCAUGGGCGGUAUCACAACCUCUACUCAGUUCUAUUACAAACUAUCUCAAGAACUAAAUGGUGACAUGGAAUGGGUCACCGACUCCCUGGUCACCUUGCAAGAUCAACUUAACUCCCUAGCAGCAGUAGUCCUUCAAAAUCAAAGAGCUUUAGACUUGCUAACCACCGAAAGAGGGGGAACCUGUUUAUUUUUAGGGGAAGAAUGCUGUUAUGUUAAUCAAUCCGGAAUCAUCACCAAGAAAGUUAAAGAAAUUCGAGAUCAAAUACAACGUGGAGCAGAGGAGCUUCAAAACACUGGACCCUGGGGCCUCCUCAGCCAAUGGAUGCCCUGGAUUCUCCCCUUCUUAGGACCUCUAGCAGCUAUAAUAUUGUUACUCCUCUUUGGACCCUGUAUCUUUAACCUCCUUGUUAAGUUUGUCUCUUCCAGAAUUGAAGCUGUAAAGCUACAAAUAGUUCUUCAAAUGGAGCCCCAGAUGCAGUCCAUGACUUAGAUCUACCACGGACCCCUGGACCAGCCUGCUAGCCCAUGCUCCGAUGUCGAUGAUAUCAAAGUCACCCCUCCUGAGGAAAUCUCAACUGCACAACCGCUACUAUGCCCCAAUUCAGCGGGAAGCAGUUAGAACGGUCAUCAGCCAACCUCCCCAAUAGCACUUGGGUUUUCCUGUUGUGAGUGGGGACUGAGAGACAGGACUAGCUGGAUUUCCUAGGCCAACUAAGAAUCCCUAAGCCUAGCUGGGAAGGUGACCGCAUCCACCUUUAAGCAUGGGGCUUGCAACUUAGCUCACACCUGACCAAUCAGGUAGUAAACAGAGCUCACUAAAAUGCUAAUUAGGCAAAAACAGGAGGAAAAGAAAUAGCCAAUCAUCUAUUGCCUGAGAGCACAGUGGGAAGGACAAUGAUUGGGAUAUAAACCCAGGCAUUCGAGCCGGCAAUAGCUACCCUCUUUGGAUCCCCUCCCUUUGUAUGGGAGCUCUGUUUUCACUCUAUGAAAUCUUGCAACUGCAAAAACAAAACAAAACAAAACACACACAAAAUAUAUAUAUAAUGUUUACACUAAAGCUGGCAAAUGAAUGUUCGUCGCAUUAUUCAUAAUAGCCAAAAAGUGGAAACAACCCAAGUGUCCAUUAACUGAUGAAUGGAUAAAUAAGUGGUAUAUCCGUAUAAAGGAAUAUUAUUCAGCCAAAAAGAUAAAUGAAGUAUGUGCUAUAACAAGGAAAAAAAUACAAUACACUACGAAAUAAGCCACGCACAAGAUGGCACCUAUUGGUAUGUUUUCAUUUGUAUGACAAGUCUAGAACAGGUAAAUGUCUAGAGAGAGAAAGUAGAUUAGUGGCUGACAGGGGUUGAAUGAAGGGGGGAUGGAGAAUGAUUACUAGUGGAGAUUUUUUUUUUUUUUUUUUGAGACAGAGUCUCACUCUGUCACCCAGGCUGGAGUGCAGUGGUGUGAUCUUGACUCACUGCAACCUUUGCCUCCCGGGUUCAAGUGAUUCUCCUGCGUUAGCCUCCCGAAUAGCUGGGAUCACAGGCACAAACUACCACGCUCGACUAAUUUUUCUAUUUUUGAUAGAGACAGGGGUUCACCAUAUUGGCCAGGCCACUGCGCCCGGCCGUGGGGAUUAUUUUUAGGGUGAUGAACUGGGCAUGGUGGCUCAUGUCUGUGAUCCCAACGCUUUGGGAGGCCGAGGUGGGCAGAUCACAUGAGGUCAGGAGUUCGACAGCAGCCUGGCCAACACGGUGAAACCCUAUCUCUACUGAAAAUACAAAAAUUAGCCAGGUAUGGUGGCACACACCUGUAGUCCCAGCUACUCAGGAGGUUGAGGAAGGAGAAUUGCUUGAACCCAGGGGGCUGGAGGAUACAGUGAGCCAAGAUCAUGCCACUGCACUCCAGCCUGGGAAACAGAGUGAGACUCUGCCUAAAAAAAAAAAAAAAAAAAGAAAAAAAAAGAUGUUUAGGGUGAUGUGAUGAAAAUGUUCUGAAAGUAGAUAGUGGUGAUCAAUGUAUAACUUUGUGAAUAUAUUAAAAACCACCGAAUCAUACACUUUUAAAGGGUGAACUUUAUUGUGUGUGAAUUAUAUCUCAAAGCUGUCAUAAAGAUACUGCAUGCAAACCGCUGAACUGUACACUUUUAAGAGUGAACUUUAUUGUGUGUGAGUUAUAUCUCAAAGCUGUCAUUAAAAUAUGAUACUGCAUCCAAACUAGCAGCUGCAGUUAAGGCAGUCCAGUGUUUUUUUGCUCUUGUGGUAGUCUACAAUCCAUCUGUUUUUUAAAUUGUCAUAAAAUAUACUUAAAGUUUACCAUUUUAAAGUAUACAGUUCAGUAACAGUAAGUACUUUCACACUGUUGUACAAUUAUCAUCACUAUCCAUCUCCAGACUUUUUCUAUCUGGUUUUUGCAGGGAGCAGAGGGAAUUGAAUGGGGAUAUAGAGACCCCCAUCCCUAGAUCUUCAAAUCUUUGAAGGUUGCAUUAAUGUCUACAAUCCUUCCCUCUCCUCUCCUCCCCUCUACUCCCCUCCCCUCCCCUCCCCUUCUCUCUGUGUCUCUCUCUCUCUCCUUUUCUUUCUUUCUCUCUCUUCCUCUCUUUUUCUCUCUCUCUUUCUUUUUCUCUUUUUCUUUCUUCUCUGUUCCCCAGGUUGGAGUGCAGUGGCACGAUCACAGCUCACUGCAGAUUUGACCUCAGACUCAAUUGAUCCACCAGUCUCAGCCUCCCAAGUAACUGGGAUUACAAGCACGUGCCACCAUGUCCAGCUAGUUUUUAAAAAUUUUUUGUAGAGAUGGGGUCUCACUAUGUUGCCCAGGCUGGUUUGAAACUCCUGGGCUCAAGCAAUCCUCCUGCCUCAGCCUCCCAAAGUGCUGGGAUUAUAGGUAUGAGCCACCGUGCCUGGCCUAUGAAUUGCUUCUAAUUUACUAUCUUAGCCAGGUAACGCAGAUUCAGGGGCUUUCAGUUAGCCCUUUCUACCAUAAAGACUUACAACACAGGUCAGUGUGAGGUCUCUCACAUGCUAACUACUGAGUUUAUAUCUGUCCCACUUAAAGACUGGGAGAAAAAAAAUCCUGCAAAGUGGGUCCUGUUAGAUUAGUUUGGUCCAAAGCUGCAUUCAUCCUUUAACCUCCAUGAACUCCCACUCUUAACUGAAAGGUCAUAGUGGCAUUUUCUAGUCUGUUUGUACCAGUGUCAACUUAGGGCCUGUAUCCAGUGGCCAUCAAAGUCUGAGUAUUUUUCUUUUCCCAGUGCACAUUUGUCUGGUUAAUGGCUUUGGGUCUCUUGAGAAAAGGAGCAAGAGAAUGGUUGUUGCAUAUUUUUGUGGCAUUGAAGAGUCCUUCCCCAGGGGUAGAUAGAGCUAUUUAAAUCAUUGGGCUCUAAGUCUAUGAAGUCUAUGAAAUGACUUAGAUCAGUAAACUUGUGAGGGACCAUGAUUUCCAUUGUAGAGACUGACAUCAGCCUUCUAUCCACUAGUUCUUGAUUUCCUACCCAUCCCGCCCUCGCCCCCUGCGUUUUUGAAAAAUAUAUGUAAGUCAAGAAACACCCCCUGCAUUUUUUUUUUGAGACAGAGUUUUGCUCUUAUUGCCCAGACUGGGGUGCAAUGGCGCAUUCUCAGCUCACCUCAACCUCCACCUCCCUGGUUCAAGCGAUUCUCCUGCCUCAGCCUCCUGAGUAGCUGGGAUUACAGGCAUGCACCACCACGCCUGGCUAAUUUUGUAUUUUUAGUAGAGACGGGAGUUUCUCCAUGUGGUCAGGCUGGUCUUGAACUCCCGACUUCAGGUGAUCUGCCUGCCUCGGCCUCCCAAAGUGCUGGAAUUACAGGCGUGAGUCACUACCCCCGGCCAAGAAACACCCCUUUUGUCUUUCCUUUCAGAAUACCAUAUCUCUUAGCCAUCACCACAGGUCUCUCUGGGUCGACACCCUGGUUGCACUCCCGACUUGCUUCCCAUGACAGUGUAUGUAUACUUAUAUAUACACACACGCAAGCAUAUUAUAAUUUUCAUGAAUCCUCUGAGAGUAAGUCAUAAACAGGAUGCCCUUUUAUUCCUGAAUAUUUCAUUCCUAAAUAGAAAGAUACUCUCUUUCAUAAUCACAAUAUAAUGAUCAAGAAAUUAGGAUUGGCUGAGCGUGGUGGCUCACGCCUGUAAUCCCAGCACUUUGGGAGGCUGAGGCAGGCAGAUCAUGAGGUCAGGAGAUGGAGACCAUCCUGGCUAACAUGGUGAAACCCCGUCUCUACUAAAAAUACAAAAAAAUUAGCCGAGUGUGGUGGCAGGCGC